AGUUUGAUUCUUUGCUCUUUGAGGCCUUUGCUUCUCAAGUAAAAAGAGGAAGAGUAACCCAAAACUCUACUUAGAAAAUGACUGGAAACCUGCGGAGAAGACUUGUUUGGAGUGAAACCGAAUACCAUAAGGAAAUAGACACAGACUUAAGAAAUGACCUAAACCAUGAAGCAGAGUUGGAGAGGAUACUACCACCCCCCAGUUAUGAAAAGCCACUGUCAAAGAAUGUAGCACCAAAUAACAGUCAGGGACACAUGGACAGGCAUAAUCUCAUUUCAUCUGAGGAAUGGCUUUGAAUUCAUGGACUCAAAACCAAAAAACUGACCUUGUCCCAGAUUUUAUCUCAGAUUGGAUUUCUUCAUCAGGAAGAUUAUGUAUCUUCAAUAGGGAAAACUGUGGCUUCCCGCUAUGCAAAUGGUCUAUUUCGUCAAUUCUGUAAAGCAGAAGAUGGCACAGUUUACAGGCUAAUAGCAAAAACUGAGUUUAUCUGUCCAUUUGUGAAGCAUUUAAAUGAUACUGCAAAAUGCCUCCAAAAGAGGAUGAGUUGGUUGACCAGUGGAAGCCGGCAAAUUUUUGGCAUGAUCUUGGACAAAUGUAUCACCAUCGUGCUAGAUUUUGGUUCUCUGGGUGAUGAGGAAUUUAGCCUUUGCCAAGAUGCUCUCAUAAUGGUCAUUGUGGAACAGGUGGCUCGUCUGAAGAGAUUUAACCUCAUACAAGCUGCUCAGAUGAUGGCCAAGUGGCAAUGUGAAUCUGUCUUUCCCAGUGAGGAUUUCAUAAACUCUGCUAUUAGGUGGAUUAAGAAACUGGUGUGCAAGUCUCCUGUGGCUCAUAAUAGUGCCAUCAAUGCUCUGCAUGAAGCUCAAAGAGAUAACUCAAUUGCUGCCAUUUACUGUUUUGUUGUGGGUGAUGUUCUUGAGGAAUCCAAGCAGCUUCUCCUUCAUUCGGCAAGUGAGAGCUCACGUCCAAUCCAUACAGUGUCCUUCAAUGCCCGAGGAGAAGACACCAUCAAUUUCCUAAAGGAACUGAGCACUUCAACCAGGGGCAGAUUUCAUGCAUUUGCUGCAAGAGUUGAGCCGAUGGGAAUUCACGAGUCUCCCUCAGUGGACGAAAACAUUUCUUUUUCUUCAAAUUUAAGGAAACUGAAAGGAAGAGUACCUCCAGGAGCUGGGGUCAGAGAGGAUGUGUAUCUGAUCUGGAGAGAACUGGAGGAAACUCACAGUACACUGACACAGAUCCGGAAGAUUGUUGAUGAUUCCAUGAAACCUGAAGGUUCAGAAGCCAGUUGUGAUUCUUUGUCUGCAAAAGGAAGUACCUCAGCUGAGAGUCUUCGGACAAGCAUCCAUAGAGUAAACCAGAAAUUGGUGGAAAGGACAAAAAAACCUGAACUCUCACCAAAGCCAUCACUAGAAGACAGGUUGGAUUCCAAGAAGUGGCUGCAGAAAUACGGCUUGAAAGCACAAAAACUGACAGCAUUUGAUAUCCUUGCUGAAUGUUCCUUUCGCCACAUUGAUGGAGUCGUUGACAUAAAAGGCAGACCUGAUAACAUGUACCUGCAGACCUGUGCUGAGACAAACAAGAAAAAUGACCAUGCAAAAUACCGUAACAAGUUUGUCCACACUCCCUGGAAGGAUGGAACUAUGGUCCAUGUCUAUGUCACUGCAGACAAGUGCAAGGCCUAUGAAGAGAAGAUGAACAAUGCCUUGGAGCUGAUUGAGAAAAGGAUUAAAUGGCUACAAAAUGGAAGUCAAGGCCUCUUUGGACUGGUGCUUGAAGAUUAUAUCUACAUUCUCAUCGAUACAUCUCAUUCAAUGAAGGGUAAACUGCCUCUGGUGAAAGAGAAGAUUUUUCAGCUUUUGAAGGAGUAGCUGGUAUUCAAAAAAAAAUUCAAUUUUGUGAAGUUUGAUGGUAAGGCUGUUGCUUGGCAGGGAAAACUUGCUGAAGUUAAUGAAGAUAAUUUGAAAAUGGCUGAGGAAUGGGUUAAAAACCUUCAGGUUGGAAGUUCUACCAAUACAAUGGAUGCCCUUAAAACUGCUUUUGCUGAUAAAGAAACAAAAGUAAUCUAUAUUCUGACAGAUGGGAGGCCUGAUCAGCCUGUAGAAAAGAUUUUUUGUCAAAUCCAACAUCGAAAGAAAAUCCCUAUUCAUACAAUCUCCUUCAACUGCCAUGAUGAAGAUGCCAACGAAUUUUUGAAGGAGCUCUCCCUGAGGACUGGAGGAGAAUUCCAUUACUUUCAUUUUGGUUCCCCGGAUCCUUUGGAGCCAAGUGUUUACAUAAUAAGAGAGUCUAAUAAACAAUUGAACCUUUUACUAAGUGAAAUUGAAAUGGGACAAAAUGACCUUGAGAGAGUGCAAAACCUUUACACUGAAUCCAUGCUGUUGGACUGGUGGCAUAAUGCAGAGAAAGCUGAAGAAACUGAGUAUAAAAAACCCACCUAUGCAGUGGUUUCAAGAACAGAAAGUACAACAGACAUACCUUUACAGAAGCCUACACUUAGAAUGGUAUCCCCAGCUGAGACUGGUUUCUUUAGUCCUUGUGGAAGCCCACCUCAGACUCGUUUGAAGAAGAAAGCACCAUUUGCAGAACCAACAAAAACUAGUCUGCUCAGGAAUUCCUUUAUCGAAAAGAAGCUCAGUGAAGAUAGCUCAACUGCAAAAAAGCACCUUCCUCCUGAACAAAAGAGGUCUUCCAGAAAACAAAGCUGUUCACCCAGUUGUAAAGAAAUGAAUUUAAUAGGUGAAAAAAUAUCAGAAGUGAGGAGUAGAGAAUCAAGCCAAGAUUCUCUAGAUAUGUCUUCAGAAACCUGGCUCAAGGUCCAUGGCUUGGUUGCUAAGUGACUCACCAUAAUGAAUGCCUUAUCCACUACGACCAUUCCACACUGCUCGAAAUAUGUGCCGAUUCUGGGCAAGCAUGUCGUUUCUAAAGUAUACGAUUCGAUUUUUACACUGAAACAAAUGGGCAGUAACACAGAGCACAUGAUCUUAAUUAACCCUCAUGCCCUCAAUCUCAAGACCUAUAGGGACAAAGUGGAGAAAGCCGUGAAAUCCUAUGAAAGGCGCUUAAAUCUGCUCAUUUGGAAAGCAUUUUCUCCAGAAGAAAGAGAAAAGUUUAAAAUACAGGAGCCAGUUCAAUACUUGGAAAAUAAAGAGGCGAUACAGGAGGCCUUACAAGAGGCAAACUGGCCCAUUUCUUUGGAAGAUGUGUUAUUAUUGGAAAAUGAGAUCCAGGCUGGGAAUACCUACAUCCAGCAGAGUAAGGAAAUCCAAGAAGCAACUAAGAAGGAAAAGUGUCAAGGGGACCAGUCAACUGAGAAAUCACAACAAAGUCAACGGAAGAAAUUCAAAAGCAAAAGAGUUGAUCCCCUCAAAGGCCAGAAGGUUAUUGCAAGAUCAGAGGAAAACGGCUUUUAUUUUCCAGGUAGACUGGUAAAAUGUGUCGGCCCCACGCAUGCACUUGUGCAGUUCAAAUAUGGAGAAGCUCGGGUCGUGCCCAUCAUGUUCAUUACUCCCAUGGGUGGUGCUAUGCGCUGUCCAGUUCUACAGGUUGGAGACUAUGUGUUUGCCAAAAUUGUCAUACGAAGAGGAUAUGAUUUCUAUGUUCCAGCUAUUAUCACAGCAACACCCAGUGAAGAUGAGCCAUAUGACCGAUUCUAUACUGUUUUGAAGUGUAACAACAGAAGAGACUUUUGCCUCAGAAGUGGCCUUAUUAAAAUCAGCCAAAACAAAUAUGCACUCUCUUGUUCCUUUAUAAGUUCUACACCAAUGAAAGAACCCCCAAAAUUACCAUACGUAGGCAUCGUUGCUCACCUGGUGGUAGUGUAUACCAUUUGCAAACACAGCGCCCUGGUUCUCAAUUCAUCUUGUGCAGGAAGAGAGGAGAUGAAUUCUGAUUUUAUGUUCUUUCCUUUCGAAGAGGUUGAGACUGGCCCAUUAAGAGACUCAACAGAUGAGAAUUCAAAAAGGAAUAAGAACAAGAAGAAAUUUGACACAAAGAAGCAAUCCCAAGAGGUCUUGUCCUCAGACUCAGAGGAUAGUGCCUAUGAAGCUGAGACACACAUGUCCUGUUCCAAGGCAAGGGGUGGGUCAAGGGGAGGAGGGUUCCCAGACAGUGUUUCUAAGGAGAACAGUAACAAAUACAUUAAAAGUUAUGCUCACCAGAUUAAAACUUUCCCAAAGUAUCGUCAGUCUAAAGCCCUAUGCAGCAAAAAAUCUAUUUAAGUUGCUCUACUUAACUAUUCUCUUCCCCUAGAAACAAUCUUUAGGACAGAUUCUAUUGAGCUGGUCACCAAGUCAGACCUACCAUCUGAACUAGUUCCACUUCCCGUAGGCCCACUCAAAGCUCUGGGGUGAGCCUGAAAAUAACAAGGGAUUUACCGAUCAUUAUUCAAGACCAUUGUAGCGAUUCCACUUCCCAGCCCUGGUAGAAUGAGACAUUCAGGGUGGUUGGAACUGAAGU